UAAGGUCUUUGCCCUCACACCUUCCAGUCUCCAGAUGGCAUCCCAAGAAAUGGUGCUUAUUCCCCUUAAGUGGCCUGGGACACAGCACCCUUUGUUCCAGCCCCUCCACCCCCUCAUAGCCAGGCUCAGGCCUGGAUUAGACUUACCCUAGGGGAGCCAGGAGCUCCUCCUGGAAUGUAACCUGGGGGUGGGGUGGGAGCAAUGGUGCACUGAAGCCACUUGACAGACUGGGCCUCUCCAAGGAUCUACUGUGCCCCCAGCCCCAGAUUAUGACUCCUCUCCCAAGGCAGAGCUUUGUGCCCCCUGUCAGAGGACCCAGGGAGUAAGGGGGGGUGUGUGUCUCCUUGCCCUUUGUCCCACUGUCAGCUCCCCAGGCUCGUAGUCAUCACUUGUGCUCAGCUCCCUUCCUAGUGAAAGCCUCUUAGCAGGGGUGGGAUGAGGGGACUCUAAGCCCCAGGCCUGGAGAAGGAGCUGUCAGCACAAGUGCCACCACUGUAGUCAAGGCUGGACACUCACGGAGCUGGAGGCAGCCCCUCCCUCAGGAGAUGUGAGGCUGAACCCUAAAUCCAGAGGCAGGCCCAGGUCUCAGGAGGAGAGGAACUCUGGUGAGGAAACCUUGGAGUCAACUUUCCAUUCAGCGUUUGCUGGCCUUUGCAGGAAGAGGCAAUGGGUGCCAGCGGCCCAAGGCGGGGUGCAGGCCCCCCAGAUGGUGGCUGGGGCUGGGUGGUGCUGGGUGCCUGCUUCGUCAUCACCGGCUUCGCCUACGGGUUCCCCAAGGCCGUGAGCGUCUUCUUCCGAGAGCUCAAGCACGACUUCGGGGCAGGUUACAGUGACACGGCCUGGGUGUCCUCCAUAAUGCUAGCCAUGCUCUAUGGAACGGGCCCCUUGUCCAGCAUCCUUGUGACUCGCUUUGGCUGUCGCCCGGUGAUGCUGGCCGGUGGGCUGCUGGCUUCAGCAGGCAUGAUUCUGGCUUCCUUUGCCUCACGCCUCCUGGAGCUGUACCUGACGGCUGGAGUGCUCACAGGCCUGGGCCUGGCUCUCAACUUCCAGCCGUCGCUCAUCAUGCUGGGGCUCUACUUCGAGCGGCGACGGCCUCUGGCCAACGGGCUGGCAGCGGCAGGCAGCCCGGUGUUUCUGUCCGCGCUGUCGCCGCUCGGCCAGCUGCUGGGUGAGUGUUUCGGCUGGCGGGGCGGCUUCCUGCUGUUUGGCGGCCUCCUGCUGCACUGCUGCGCCUGCGGGGCAGUCAUGCGGCCGCCCCCAGGGCCCCCGCCUCUGCCGCGCCCAGACCCUGCGCAUCCCGGUGGCCGGGCUCCCCGCCGCCGCCUGCUGGACGUGACGGUCUGUACCGACCGCACUUUCAUGGUGUACGUGGUCACCAAGUUCCUGAUGGCGUUGGGGCUCUUCGUGCCGCCCAUCCUGCUGGUGAACUACGCCAAGGACGCAGGCGUACCUGAUGCCGAAGCCGCCUUCCUGUUGUCCAUCGUGGGCUUCGUGGACAUCGUGGCGCGGCCGGCGUGUGGGGUCCUGGCGGGACUGGAGCGCUUGAGACCCCAUGUCUCCUACCUCUUUAGCCUGGCCCUGCUGGCCAAUGGGCUCACGGACCUGAUCAGUGCGCGUGCACGCUCCUACAGCACCCUCGUGGCUUUCUGCAUUGCCUUCGGCCUCUCCUACGGCAUGGUGGGUGCGCUGCAGUUCGAGGUGCUCAUGGCAACUGUGGGUGCACCCCGCUUCCCCAGUGCGCUGGGCCUAGUCCUGCUCGUGGAGGCUGUGGCUGUGCUCAUAGGACCGCCCUCUGCCGGCCGCCUAGUGGACGCUCUGAAGAACUACGAGCUCAUCUUUUACCUUGCUGGCUCCGAGGUGGCCUUGGCAGCAAUCUUCAUGGCAGUUACCACCUACUGCUGCCUGCGCUGCUCUAAGGACACCUCACUGGGUCCAGCUGUUGAGGGAGGGACCAGUGACAUCGAGGACAUGGACGCUGAGAGGGACUCUGAGCCAAUGCCUGCCAGCACUGAGCCGCCUGGCAGCCUUGAGGCUCUGGAGGUGCUGAGCCUACAGGCUGGGUCCCCAGGACCAGAACCAGAGAAGGCAGUACCUAAGCUGGGCCAUGAGUCUGUGUAGCACAUCAGGCAGCCUUCCCCUCUGAGGGCCUGGUGUAUGGGGAGGCAGCCUGGGAUGGUCCUUUGGGUACCUCAUCUGCCAGGCCCUGUUCCCAGGGAAGCUGCUGUGGGCUGACAAGGAGCACACGAUAAAGGCCCACCCGAGAAA